AUGUCGGAGCCGACUCCUACAGUCGAGGUGUCUGGGCCUUCAGACGACUCUGGGGGCAAGGCGGACCUAACGCCCUACCGGGUGUUAGCAGUGGACGGCACCGAGUUGCUGGUGAAUCUUCCGCCGGACGCGUCCGUGUACGACUGCUGCCUAGCCGUCGCGGGUAUGAAGCGCCUGGCCGUGUCCCAAGUGCGCCUCAUCGCAGGCGGGGAGCCCCUUGUCUGCACAAGGGCGCGGGCGCUUCGGGAAGUCUGUGGCGCAGCCGACCUGAUGAUGGUCGUGGCCAGCAGCUACGCCCUGGGCCGAGCGGUAGGGACCCUGCAACUUGGUUGCGAGGCAACGGAGUUCGAGCACUUCCCGCCUUCGGCGUUUCAAGAUCACGCCGAGGUGGGCUCCGAGCUUCACCUCUGCCAAGGCCAGAAGGUGUCCGCCUUCUCACUGGUGUCGAAGCUGCGAGCUGGUGGAGUGGCCUUCACUGGGCCCCUGUUGCACUCCGAAGCCCCCGACUGUCCUCCUCUGUCGGGUCGGGUGCUGAUGCGAAUUGUGCUGCACACCAGGAGCUUUGCUUUGGGCAUCGGUGCCGGCACUGCCAGUGUCGACGUCAACAGAGAUCCCGAGCACGACCCGGCCUUCUUCGGCCUGUACCACGGAGGAUCCACCAGGAAUGUUGCAGCUCGGGCAAGGCGAACUCACAGGGCAAGCAAGGGUGACUGGAAUCACGACAUCAAGCUGGCCGUCCUCUUCGACAUCGACCAAGGGACGAUGCAGUGCUACGAGAACUUGGAGCCCUUCGGCCCCAUGUUCACGGAGCUUCCGGCUGAGCCACUGUGGCCAGUGGUCGUCUUCUUCGGACCCGAGGAUGCUGCCAGCAUCGCAGUGGACAGCGUGUGA